AUGGAUGAACCGACCAACUACGGGUCGCCGGCCAAUGCCGCGUCACCCACUAGCAAUACCCUUCUCGCGCAGCCGCCGCUCGUGCCUGAGAUAAGCAGCACCAGGCCGGAUAACUCUGAAGAUAUCCAGAUGGGGGAAGCCGUGACCAAUGAACCCAUUGUCAAGCAAGACAGCGCCACCCCGGCCCCGAUCACAGCUUCGGAUAAUCCUCUGGAUGCACCGGAUGGUCCCGCAGCCGAAACCACCAUCUCGCGCGAUGAAGAUGACGCCGAGAUUGGGAAAGAUGCAGGCGAUGAACCCGAUGCCGACGCUGCUGUCACUGGCACGGAAGCAGAAGGACAGGAGGGCAAGACAAAGGAAAGUGUUGAGGCAGCUGCCCGUGAUCAUCUCAUUUCCCAGACCCAUGCCAUAAUAUUGCCAAGUUACAGCACUUGGUUCGAUAUGAACAUGGUCCACGAGAUUGAACGUAAGGCCAUGGCCGAGUUCUUCAACAGCCGCAACCGCAGCAAGACCCCUGUCGUUUACAAAGACUACCGCGACUUCAUGAUCAAUACCUAUCGCCUGAACCCCGCGGAAUACUUGACCGUCACUGCUUGCAGACGAAACUUGGCAGGUGAUGUCUGCGCAAUCAUGCGCGUUCACGCCUUUCUCGAGCAAUGGGGCCUCAUCAACUACCAGGUGGAUGGAGAUCACCGACCCUCUAACAUUGGUCCCCCUUACACAGGCCACUUCAAGGUUAUUUGCGACACGCCCCGUGGCCUGCAAGCCUUCCAGCCUUCGGCCGACGAGGAGAUGACCAAGGGUAAGCAAAGUGUAGAUACCGACAAGAAGGCCUCGGCUGCACAAGCUGCGAAAGGAGAUUCCAAGCUAGAGGUCAGUCGAAACAUCUAUGACGGAGACGCCAAAUCAACCAACCUCAACGCCACGACCGAGGUCAAAACCAACGGGGAGACACCAACCACAAAUGGUGUGUCGGCAAACAAGGAGGCGUCGACGGGCCCCAUCACGAAGGUCAACUGCCACGCCUGUGCCGUCGACUGUACUCGUCUGUACUACCACGCUCCAACGAAGGAGGGUAGCGCCAAGGCAAAAUAUGAAAUAUGUCCCAGCUGCUUUCUUGAUGGUCACUUCCCUGGCGAUUCGAACAAGUCACAAUAUACCCGUGACGGGGACGGUGCGCUUAUCCGUCAGGACAACCCCACGUAUACAACGGUGCCAGAGAGAGAUGCUCCAUGGAGCGAUGCGGAACUCUUGCGACUACUGGAGGCUCUCGAGCGUUAUGACGAAGAAUGGACCGACAUUGCAGAGCACGUCGGCACUCGUACUCGCGAGGAAUGUGCACUUCAGUUCCUGCAACUCAGUAUCGAGGACAAGUACCUUGAAUCUGAACUCACCAUUCUUGGGGCUCAUGGUGACAAGCAAAUUCCAUACAACCAGGCCGACAACCCAGUCAUGUCUGUCGUUGGAUUUUUAGCUAGUUUGGCUGACCCAGCCACCACAGCCGCGGCUGCCCACUCUUCCGCCGACGAAAUGAAGCGUCGUCUACCAACAACGGGAGCGCGCGCUAUUGGUCUUGCCACGGAAGAGGAGCGUGAGAUGACGCGACUGGUGUCAGCGGCGGCCAACGUGACGCUGCAGAAGCUGGACCUGAAGCUUAAGUAUUUCAAUGAGAUGGAGGCUCUGCUCCAAGCCGAGCGUCGCGAGCUUGAGAGAGGCCGACAGCAGUUAUUCCUUGACCGACUCGCAUUCAAGCGAAGGGUCAGAGAGGUCCAGCAGUCGUUCAAGACAGCGGCGGCCACGGGUACCGACCAGGGACUUCGACUGGGAGAUGAUAUAUUGAUGGGCAAUGGUAGGCUUACGGUACAAUCAGUUCCAGGAGCCGAUACUGUGCAGCCAUUGAGCAGUGGGGGCAAGGUGCAGAGCCUGGAGAUUUGA